AUGGAGGGAGAAGAGACAGCCGCACCUGUUUCCCUCUCACCCACAGCAGAAGGCAUCAAACUGCCCGUGGUGUCAGAGGAGGCCCCGGCGGCUGUAGCGGCCGCGGCCGGGCAGAUGAGCGAUGGAGCGGUGGUGGUUAUGAACGGGGAAGGUGCGGGGAAGGCUCCUCCGGCGGUGGACGUGGACGUGGCGGCGUGCACGGUUCGUCUUUUUCUGCAGGGGUUCGACAAGCAAGAGGUCAAGCUGCAGCAGGUGAGUCGCAAGCUGGACGGAACGGAGAACCACCUGGUGAUGUCUCACCUGCGCUCCAGGAGCACCACCGAUGUCUCCGAGGACAUGUCCCUCGGGGGGACCACAGGCGACAACACGCGCCUGCUUCGGAAGGCUCCAGAGGAGGAGGAGGAGGAGGAGGAGGAGGAGGAGGAGGAGGAGGAGGAGGAGGAGGCGAUGCAGGCGGAGGGCGUGCGGGAGGUGGCCGUGGCAACUGGCCUGGAGGUGCUGUACCAGGAGACCCCCAACUACCGCAGAGCGGCGGCCGAGGCUGACCGCAUGAUCGAGCCAAGGGAGACGGCUAGGCAUGCCUGGCGAGUGCCAGACCUGGGCGUAGAGCCUGUUGCUAGUGCUGCAGAGGAGGCGGUUACUGAGGGGGGUUAG